UGGGUCACGUGGAUGCGCCUCGCCUCUUCCUCGCGGCAGGGGGCCCGCCCGCGGGCUGGUUUCCGGUUCGGUGGGUCGGAGAUGACGGAGCCGGGCGCCUCUCCGGACGACCCCUGGGUCAAGGCAAGCCCCGCGGGCGCGCACGCCGGCGAGGGGAGGGCGGGUCGGGCUCGUGCACGUGGGGGGGCCGGAAGACGAGGGGAUUCCUUGCAGUCCCCAAAGGUCCCCCCGCCCUCCGGGCCCCAGGGCUGCAGAGAAGACAGCUCUCCCCCCGCGCGUGCCAAGGUGGAAUAUGCCUACAGCGACAACAGCCUGGACCCCGGGCUUUUUGUAGAAAGUACCCGAAAGGGGAGUGUAGUGUCCAGAGCUAAUAGCAUCGGUUCCACCAGUGCCUCUUCCGUCCCCAAUACAGAUGACGAGGACAGCGAUUACCACCAGGAGUCCUACAAGGAGUCCUACAAGGACCGGCGGCGGCGAGCACAUACACAGGCUGAGCAGAAGAGGAGGGACGCCAUCAAGAGAGGCUAUGAUGACCUUCAGACCAUCGUCCCCACCUGCCAGCAGCAGGACUUCUCCAUUGGCUCCCAAAAGCUCAGCAAAGCCAUCGUUCUGCAGAAGACCAUUGACUACAUCCAGUUUUUGCACAAGGAGAAGAAAAAGCAGGAGGAGGAGGUGUCCAUGCUACGCAAGGACGUCACGGCCCUAAAGAUCAUGAAAGUGAACUACGAGCAGAUUGUGAAGGCCCACCAGGACAAUCCCCACGAGGGGGAAGACCAGGUCUCUGACCAGGUCAAGUUCAAUGUGUUUCAAGGCAUCAUGGACUCCCUGUUUCAGUCCUUCAAUGCCUCCAUCUCCGUGACCAGCUUCCAGGAGCUGUCGGCCUGUGUCUUCAGCUGGAUUGAGGAGCACUGUAAGCCUCAGACCCUCCGGGAGAUCGUGAUUGGCGUCCUGCACCAGCUGAAGAACCAGCUGUACUGACUGGCUCCCGGAACCCGCAGAAGAGCCAACUCUGCUUGGCCACAGAGCCACUGGGCUUCUGAGGUCGGACUGCGACGCUGCACACGGGGCCGCUGGCUCCCGGUGCUUGGUUCCCUGGCACCCCUCAUCCUCAGUGGGGCUGGGGUGUUUGUUUUGUGAAAGCUUUAAUUUAUUAUAUUGACCACAAAACUCAAGCCUACUGUCUUUCCCCCUCCCCAUAAAAGUCCUCGGGCGGGGGGUCUGCUCUGGGCACCCCCAAGAGUUCCUGGCCUCUCCCUUUCUAAGCCUCAGAUUUUUGCUCCUUAUCUACACAUACCUGGAAGCUACUAUUGCAUUUGGUUUGGUCUCUUGGGCCAGAUUUGGGCAACAUCUGGACCAAGUUUGGCCAUUUUGGCAGUAGUGGGACAGGAAGAAAGGAAUGUGAGGAGAUAUUCCCACAGCCAUGAAGUGUGACAGGCCGCCUGGUACCUGGGCUUGGGCUGCCAGGAUCCUGCCCUCGCCUACCCUGCCCUACUCCACUGCCUCUCCUUUCCUGCUCCCUGCGUGCUCCUGCCCUCUCUGUCCCCACAGGCAGGAGCACAGCACAGAGGAGUGUGACACAGCACUACGUAUUAAAAGGUUUUUGUUUUUUUAAUUUUUUAAACACCAACAGUGUAAUUUUGCUAAAGUUACAAUUUUGGAAAAUGAACUGGGCCUCAAAACCGCUCCCAGCCUUCCCGUCAAGUGUAUCUGGGUCUCUGCCAUCUCCGUGCUAUGUGCAUUUCUCCCAGGACCUGGGGCCAGGGUGAAGGGGUAGAGAAGGUAUUUAAAGGCCUCCUGGGGUACAGAGCCCGGAGAAGUCCUGGGUAAGGCCUUGGGCUCCUUGAAUGCUGUGUACAGUAGCCUCUCUACCCUGUAGCCUUUCUCAGGGUUGACAUCUGGGACAUUUGGUUAUCCAGAGGAAAUUAAGUAUUUAUAUAUCAAAUUAUAUUACAAUAAAUAUUGCCAAAUGCUUUCCUUUAGCGCUGUUCCAAGAUUGAGCAUUCAGUUCAAGCAACUGGAAUGUAGCCAGUGAAAGGAGCCUGACCAUCCGCUGUGGGCUCGCUCGCUCCCUGCGCCCCAUACUCUGGCCCCUGCCCCUCUCCCCGCCGCUCUGCCCAAAGGCAGAAAGCAGGAACAAAAAAAGAAGCCGACCUGAAGGAGGCAGCCAGCCCAGGACCUCUCUUUCCAUCCCCCGUCCUGCGGGAGGACCACUCAAGGGUCUGGGAGCUUCACGUUGUAAUCCUCAUCUGUCUCUAUCCCGACUUCCUCCUGGGGCAGGGAGACAAGUGAAUGAGCCCCCCUCGGACGGAGCGCCCAGGGGAGUGAGGACGGGAGAGAGAACCACUUACAAAGAACUGCUUCUUGCUCUUGGGGUAUCCUUCCAGAAUUGCAUCCGACAGCUCUGUUGCCUGACAAGAAACAAAACCACCCCUUUCAGGUGGGUGGUGGGCACCGCCUGGCAGAGCCACACUACUGGGCAGCGGUUUCUCCUGCCAUUUCUCGGGGCCUGCCCGGAGCGCGCACACUCACCAUCCUCUUCCGCUUCCUCCACUCCUUGCAGUACUUCUGCCUCUCGCUGUACACCUGGACGGACAACAGCUGCCUCUAGCCCCUCAGCUCGGCGGCAGGUGGGGGCCAGCCGCCUCCUCGCUCCGCCCUGCUCCCGCGGCCCUCCCAGCUCACCCGCUCUUUCUCUUCUGGAGUCACGUGGUUGGUGGCUGCUUUUAUAUUCUUCAGUCUCUCUCUGUAGCCAGCACAUUCCUUCUUCAACUCCUGGAUCUCUUUCUGCAUCUCCGGUGUGGUCAGGGCACUAGUUAACUCCUUCAGCUCUGAAACCAUAGCUCUCUGAGGUCCCUUCCUACCCCCUGAAGAUGGGGCUUUGUCUUUCCCAGUGGGUGCUGCCUGAGGCAGGAGACUGGGCCCCCACCUUGCUCUAGGUUCUACACACAGGGUCCAGAAAGAGUUCCAUAUUCUGGAAAUGCUCAGCAGAGAUGAAGGCUUACAGAAUUACCAGUUUAUUCUAGUUUUCUUUCCUCCUUCAUCUACCAGCGGUGGUAAAGUGAGGUUGAACACUUCCCUGUAGCCAGUUAAAAGAAGCAGGCACAGAGGGAGCGUGGGCCCAGGACACUGAUAAUGUUAGGGAAAGCAAAUGCAUGUCUUGCCCACUUAUAUUUAAAAGCCAUGAGCUGGGGCGCCUGGGUGGCUCAGUUGGUUAAGCAACUGCCUUCGGC